GUGGGCGGGUAUGUGAGCGCUGGUUUGAGGAGGCGGGGCGGCCCGGAGGAGGCUCGGACCUCCUUUUCUCUGCCACUAAACAAGACAGAAGUGAGAGAAGUUACCGAGCAGUGUCCUGGGCUCUUCCCCCGACACGGUUCAUCUCUAAAACCACUUUAAAACAAAUCUUUUAUUACUCUCCGGUCAGUGAAGGAGACACAGAGACUCUGCAGAGGCGGGCCAGCUGAUCCAGGGAGAGGGAUUUAUUCUCCUUCAGCGUUCCUGAUGGAGUCGUACAGAGUGACUGGACCCCAGCGGGGCCACACUCAGCCGGCCCGGCCCUCCAGGCCCAGCAGUAACGGAGCUGGUUCAUACGGCCUCAGCAUCCGCGUCCAGGGAAUAGACGGGCACCCCUACGUGGUCCUCAACAACCAGGAGAGAGGUCCUCAACCCUUCAUCGACCCCAACAGCAACGGGUACAUCGACACAGAAGGUUCUUUCAUCGAGAACUACCAGGAGUACGACUUCAGGGGAGGGAAAGAGGCUGGGUCCCACAGCCCCUUCAUGGAGUACCGCUCUCAGAAGAUGACUCAUUACACCGGGCCUCAAAACGGCGUCGCAGACUCGCAAGGAAAGAAACCGUCCUCCCUUCUGAACUUUCAGAAGCACCCAGAGUUGCUGCAGCCGUACGAUCCGGAGAACAACUCCCUGAGCUUCGAUGGGACCCGCAGCCUGCCGUCAAGGCCUCUGGCUGAGACUGGGAACCAGCAGAAGAGUUCUUCAAGGCCUCUGGCUGAGACUGGGAACCAGCAGCAGAGUUCCUUCUCUAGUUCUAUUGUACCUGCACCGUCCAGCACCAAGGCAUCCAGCUUGGACCGGAAUAAAGCUCCUGUGAGGCAAGCGAAAGGGCAACUUCCACCCCAGAGUUUAAGCGAGGCAGCUCUUCCUAAGCCGAAGUCCCAGUCCCAGUCCCAGUCCCAGUCUUUGCCUCAGACCCAGCUGGCUCAGCCUCAGACCAGGCCGCAAUCUCAGGUGGCUCAGCCGCAGAUCAAGCCUCGUCUUGGCAACCUGAGUCCGACCCAGUCCAAGCCGGGCUCUAAAGCUCGGCAGCAACCAGUUUCUGCAGCCCAUCCUCAUCCUCAGCCUCAUCCUCCGCCCUCCACCGUGUCCAGUCCCACCAGCGAGCAGAGCAAGACGUCGUGCCGCUCGCCGACUUCUCUGAGCAGCACCAACUCCAGCCUGGAGCGAACCCGCCGCGAGCCCGACGUCCUCCCUCUACGCCGGACCGACUCCAGCGGUCCGGUCCUCCAGUCCUCCUCGUCCCGAUCCCGCCACUCCUCCUCGUCCUCCACCUCCAAGGCUCCGGUGGACGACCAGAUGGACGCCCUGUACGCGGACACCAUCAACCGCCACGAGAACCGCCGCUACAUCCCGUUCUCCCCGGGUUCGGGCCGAGACAUCGACACGGGCUCCAUCCCCGCCGUCGACGAGCUCAUCGAGAAGUUUGACGGCAAAGACGGCGGCCACCAGCGCCGGGGCCGGGCGGGGCGCCGGAACCGGAUCAACCCGGAGGACAGGAAGCGCUCCCGCAGCGUGGAUAGCGCCUUCGGCCUGCGAGGCGACUCCAGCUACGUGGAUGGGUUCGACCGCCAGCGAGGCACGUCGAUGGAGCACGUCCUGCGGCCCUCGCAGCUUCGGCUGCAGAAAACGGCCGGCGGUCAGGACUCCUGGAUCACGACCGUAGACGGGAAGAGCGACUCCAGGGCGUCCUCUCGGGUCGCCAGCGCGCCCGGCUCCCCGCAGAGCACCAUCUCUAAAGGUGUCGGCGCCAUCCAGGGCUACAGGAAGCCGCAGACUCGCGCCUCUUCGAUACCGUUCAGAAGUAAAGAGAGCGAGGACGGCGGCACCUCGUCAGCCGGAAAAGUUUCAACAACGUCCCUGUCAACGUCGCUGUCCAAGUCUUCUUCCACCGCAGACAAACAGCCCAGCACAGAGGCAGACGUUCAGGCGACACCUGAUCUUCUCAAAGGGCAGCAGGAGCUUUCACAACAAACACACGAAGAGACAGCAAAACAAAUUUUGUUCAACUACCUUAAGGAUGGAAGCGCUGAUAACGAUGAAACGACGAAGAGGAAGGUCAACCUUGUCUUUGAGAAGAUCCAGACGUUGAAGUCUCGGGCCACAGCGAGCGCACAGGGCGACAACAAAUCUCUGGACUUUUCUGCGCAGGCCAAAGCUCUGCAGGAGCAAAAUGAUGAACUUGGGAAAGAAAUGUUGGAACUGAAGAGAAAACUGGAGGACCAAAGCAAGAAGAACCAGGCUGACAAGAGGACAGCAGCAGGUUUGAAGGAGCUGCAGCAGGAGCUGGAGCGGAGCGAAGCGGAGUGCAAGCGCCUGAAGGAAAAACUGGCCAAAACAGAGUUGGAGCUGCAGAACACAGUGGAAGAGCUGUUCCAGGUGAAGAUGGAGAGAGAGCAACACCAGACAGAGAUCAGAGACCUGCAGGACCAGCUGUCAGAGAUGCAUGACGAGCUCGACUCGGCCAAGAAGUCAGCCGACGACGGAGAGAAAGACAUCAUUAUGGCGGACAUGAUGCAGCUGAAGGUGGAGAUGCAGGAAAUUCUCCUGACCAAGGAGGAGCAGGAGGAGGUGCUGAGGAGGCGAGAGAGGGAGCUGACGGCUCUGAAAGGAGCCCUGAAGGAGGAAGUGGCCGCUCACGACCAGGAGGUGGACAAGAUGAAGGAGCAGUACGAGAAGGAGAUCAGCAGGCUGCAGACAUCUCUGACGGAGGCCAAGCAGAGCAGCGCAGCAGUCGGCCGCCAGAAGGCUGAAGUGGAGGUGGCCAAGGGAGCGGCGGAGGGCCAGGCAGGACGGCUGACCCAGGAGGCCGAGCGGCUCCGGAGACGAGCUCAGGAGCUGGAAAAUGAGGUGGCCAAGCUCAACCGCAUCAUCGAUGAAGCAAAACUACAAGAGAACAGGCAGGGGGACCGAGCUGCCCGCCUGGAGAGAGAGAGAAAGCAACUGGAAGAAUCUUUGGCUGAAAUUAAGGAGCAAGAAGAGGAGGUGUCUCGAGCCAACCGAGCGUUGAGCGUUCGGCUGGAGGACGUGCAGAGGAACUUCUCCAAACUGAGCGUUGAACACAAGGACCUGGAGGAGAGGUUACAAGAGGAGAAGGUUGAGAAGGAGCAGUUCAAGAACAUGAAGCUGGACAUGGAGGAGGAGAGGAGGCUGCUGGACCGCACGGUGGAGAAACUCCAGAGGGAGAUGAAUGACAUCGUGGUGGCGUCUCAGUCGUCCACUCUGGAGCUGCAGGAGCAGAUCGAUAUUUAUAAAGAGAACAACCGUCGGGAGCUGACGGAUCUGCAGAGGCUUCUGAAGGAACGAGGACUCGAGCUGGACAAGGUCCUCCUGGCUACCAAGAGCCUGCAGGAAGAGUUGUCCCGGCGGGAGGAGGAGCUGCGUCAGUGCCAGAGGGAACGAGACGAGGCAGAGCUGAAGGAGAAGACGCUGCAGAAAAAGGUUUCUGACCUGGAGACGGAGGCGGAGACGAAGAACCUCGCUAAAGACGACAAAGCUCGACACGUCAAAAUCAUGGAGGACCGGAUCGCUCAGCUGGAGAUGGACCUGGACGAGGAGCGUCAGAGUGGAGACCAGCUGAUGGACCGGAUAGACCGAGGAAGAGAGCAGGUGGAGCAGAUGAGGAAUGAACUCCUGCAGGAGAGAGCUAGCAGACAGGACCUGGAGUGUGACAAGAUGGCUCUGGAGAGACAGACCAAAGACCUGAAGGGCAGAGUGGCUCAUUUAGAGGGAUCCCACAAGUCCAACAAAGAGGGCCUGGUAGCCCAGCUGGAGGGCCGCAUCCAGGAGCUGGAGGAGCGUCUGGAGGGGGAGGAGAGGGAGCGAGCCAACCUGCAGCUGGUGAACCGUCGGCUGGAGAGGAAGGUGAAGGAGAUGAUGAUGCAGGGUGAGGAAGAGCAGAACUCUCUGCAGGACCAGAAGGACCAGCUGAACCUGCGUCUGAAGGCUCUGAAGCGUCAGAUGGACGAGGCUGAGGAGGAGAUCGACCGACUGGAGCACAGCAAGAAGAAGCUGCAGAGAGACCUGGACGAGCAGCAGGAGGCCAACGAGCAGCUGGGGAGCCAGCUGAAGGCUCUCAGGUCUGAGAUCAGGCGUAAGAGCAGCUCCGCUCCUCUCCUCAACACUCUGGAGGACGACGACGACGACGACGUCAGCACCGACGGAGAGACGUACUUCAGCUCGUCUCUGGGCUACAAACGCUCGUCCAGCCAGGACGACAUCCUCCACACCUUCAACCUGUAAACAACGUAAACAAACGCACACGCUGCUGCUUUAUAUGGAGUCCGGCGGCUCGGGACCAGAUUCUAGAAUAAAGGGGACACGUCGGAAAAGAACACCAAGUUUUUCCACAUGCUCUCUAUCACUGCUAGGGUUGUCACCAUACUAAAAUGUUCAACUCGAUACCGAAAAUAUCUGGGGGGAAAAAAGCAGCUUUUUCCCCACUUUUUUCUUGUAAAUCCGCAACUUUUUUCGCGCAGAUUUGCCACUUUAAAUCUCUUAAAUCUGCAACUUUUUUUAUUGCAGAUUUGCCAAUUUAAUCUAGUAAAUUUGCAACUUUUUUCUCGAAAUAAAACCUGAAGUUACCAAAUAUAGUUAUUUGCCUGAUAAAGGGUUAAAUGAUUCCUUGACCCAGAAAAUGUAGAUUUUGACACCAAGAUUGACCUUCUGAGUGGCUUGGAAGAUAUAUUGUUUCUCAUAGACUUUAUAUGGGUGCCAUCUCUGAUCCACAAUCUUGAUUAAGUGGCCCCUACUAAAAAAUUGAAACCUAUAGUGAUAGAGAGCAUGUGGGAAAAAUGUGGUGCUUUUGUCUGACGUGUCCCCUUUAUUUAGCUCAGCUGCCUGACUAAGUAAUGCAUUUAUUUAUAUAUAUAUAUUUGGACCAAACAGCUGGAGACGUGUGCUUUUCUAAACUACUGUGUGAUGAUAUUUCACUGAAACAUCUGUGUGAUUUUCUCUCCACGUCCAAUAAACUCACUCAGUAUUAUUCGAGCAGCUCCGAGAUUCUCAGAUGAAAAGAUAAAAGUUGUGAUGUUUUUAGCGUGUCCCCUAUAAAAUUUAAUGUAAAUACUGUUCAAUCAGGUAAUCUUACAUUCCCGCGUUAAGUCUUGUGUAAAUGUGUCGGUGGAUUUUCUCCUGUUACCAGGCGGAUUAUGUGAUUAUUAUUCUAGCUUUAGUAAACUUGAACGCACUCUUUAAUGCACUGUAAAAAACAACGCAACCAGUACUGCCUUUGUGAACAAUACGAGGUUAUAAAUCCUCUUUUUUUUUUUUAUGCCUAUCAAAUAUUUUUAAAUUUACAUACAGUAUCUGAAUAUUAAUUUUUGUAUCAUUCAGUUAAAUAAAAUAUAUUUACCUUUUUUUUCUUUUUUUUUUUUUUUAAAUGAAUGAAGAUGAAAUCCGAGUAUAUGAAGUGAGGAGGAUGUUUUUAUUUUUAUUUAUUCACAGUUGAAUAAAAACACAAUAAGUGGCUCACUGAGGGCUUUAGGGAACAGUUAAUGAGGGACUUUGUACACAUCCAUUUUUAUACAGUUUUAUAUGGUUUGAUACAAAUAAUAGAUCCAUGAAAAUAUUAUCAACAGGUUGUUUUUUUUUUUUUUUUUGCAAUUUUAUCACAAAGAUUGCUCCAAAUAUUCUCAGUAUUGCUUUGACAUAAACUGGAAAAGGCUGUUGCUUGCAAUCAUGUGACUUUAAUUAACUUUAUUUUCUGAGAUUAUUGAUUCUGAAUCAGACUUUUUUUGCAGAACAAAGACACACAUAUCAUAAUAUCAUAACGGUUUCAUCUCUGGAGACGUUUUUAUACUGGAAACACUUUGAUUUAACUUCAGUCUCUGGUGGUUUAUCGUCUCUUUCUGUGUUUGACUCGUGCUUCUGUGCACAUGAAGCCUUGGACGUUUCCUC